AUGAUUAGGCAAUCAUUAAUGAAAACCGUUUGGGCUAACUCCUCUAGGUUUAGUCUACAUGGCAAGUCGGGCCUUGUCGCCUGCACCAAAAGCAGAUCCUUUAGCAGUGCUAGGAAUUUGCUACAGGACAAAAAAGUUAUUCUGCAAAAAGUUGCACCCACUACCAGUGUGGUUGCGAAGCAGUCCUUUUUCAGAAGGUCAGGAAAGUUCACUUUGAAGUUGCUGUUGUAUUCAGCCUUGGCUGGUACCGCCUACGUCUCCUAUUCGCUUUAUAGAGAGGCCAAUCCCUCCGCACAAAUUCCUCAGUCGGACACUUUCCCCAAUGGGUCCAAGAGGAAGACAUUGAUCAUCCUGGGCUCCGGCUGGGGAUCUGUGUCUCUUUUAAAAAACCUGGACACCUCUUUGUAUAAUGUCAUUGUUGUUUCGCCAAGAAACUAUUUCCUUUUCACUCCGUUAUUGCCAUCUACCCCAGUGGGUACCAUUGAAUUGAAAUCCAUCGUCGAGCCCGUCAGAACCAUCGCUAGAAGAUCUCAUGGUGAAGUCCAUUAUUACGAAGCCGAGGCUUACGACGUUGACCCUGAAAAGAAAACAAUCAAAGUCAAAUCUUCUGCGAAGAACAACGACUACGAUUUGGAUUUGAAAUACGAUUAUUUAGUUGUCGGCGUGGGUGCUCAACCAAACACUUUUGGUACCCCAGGUGUUUACGAAUAUUCUUCCUUUUUGAAGGAAAUCUCCGAUGCUCAAGAAAUUAGAGUAAAAAUCAUGUCUAGUAUUGAAAAAGCCGCCUCUUUGUCUCCAAACGAUCCUGAGAGAUCAAGAUUAUUGAGCUUUGUUGUCGUUGGUGGUGGCCCCACCGGCGUUGAAUUUGCCGCUGAACUAAGAGAUUACGUUGACCAAGAUUUGAAAAAGUGGAUGCCCGAAUUGAGUAAAGAAAUCAAAGUCACUUUGGUGGAAGCUUUGCCAAAUAUUUUAAACAUGUUCGAUAAGUAUCUUGUUGAUUAUGCCCAAGAUUUGUUCAAGCAGGAAAAAAUUGACUUGAAGUUGAAAACAAUGGUUAAGAAAGUCGAUGCUACCACUAUAACCGCCAAGACUGGUGAAAAUGACGUUGAAAGUAUUCCAUAUGGUGUCUUAGUUUGGGCUACCGGUAAUGCUCCAAGAGAAGUCGCUACGAACCUAAUGUCCAAACUGGAGGAACAAGAUUCCAGACGUGGGUUACUAAUAGACAAAAAACUACAUCUAUUGGGUGCUCAAGACUCUAUUUUCGCCAUCGGUGAUUGUACAUUCCACCCCGGUUUAUUUCCUACUGCUCAAGUCGCCCAUCAAGAGGGUGAAUACUUAGCUCAAUGUUUCAAGAAGACUUACAAAAUCGACCAAUUAAACUGGAAAAUAGCCAAUACUAACGACGAUUCAGAAGCCGCUAGAUUGAAGAAUCAAAUAAUUAAAAUCGACUCCCAAAUUGAAGACUUCAAAUAUAACCACAAGGGUGCCUUGGCCUACAUUGGUUCAGAUAAAGCCAUCGCUGAUCUUGCUGUUGGUGAAGCCAAAUACAGAUUGGCUGGUUCAUUCACUUUCUUAUUCUGGAAGUCCUCUUAUUUAGCAAUGUGUUUGUCCUUUAGAAAUAGAAUCCUUGUCGCUAUGGAUUGGGCUAAAGUUUAUUUCUUGGGUAGAGAUUCAUCUGUCUGA